CUCGCCCUUAUAUCCUAGAGGCCUGGUGGCUGAUUGGCUCAGCCAUGAGGAGUCUACCCUUGGUCUUUGUGGUCUUCUUCUUGCUGCUUUAUGUUCCACCAGUAAGAAGUGGACAAAAUCUUUACAUAAGACAAGCCUUUUCAACAUGCUGGAGAAUGAAAGGUGCCUGCAAGAUACAAUGUGACAAAAAAGAAUUGUAUCAUAUUUUGUGUGACUCCUCCCGAGUGUGCUGCCUAGAGUCAAAAAACUUGCCUAUCCUGGUUGGGUAGCUGUGAGGGUCCGAAGGUGCCUGCUGAUUUCCUCUGGGCAGCUCACAUCCUUUCAAGGCCUCAUCCCAUUAAAAUGACGCUUUCAGUCCAUCA